AUGAAUCGUAAGGAGACGACACGACAUCACGCCCGAGAAAUAAAUAAUAAGGAAAGGGCCAAGAAAGCUAAGGAGAAGAGGCAACGUAGAAGGGAGCAAAAAAAGAGUGGGAAGAUCGCUGGGAUUCCACACACGUUGGAAACUCUAAGGAACCCAGACGAAACCAUUCUUCCCAGGGACGAUGUCGAUUUGUUACAUGAAGAAGAAAAUGAUGAAUUGUCCAGGAUAUACUCUGGUGCGGUAGAGCCUAAGUUGCUGCUGACCCAUUCGGACCGGGUUACUCCACCCACUAUUGGUUUUUGCAAGGAGUUGAGCCGUGUAAUACCCAACACCACGUUUGUCCCACGAUGGCACCUACCUUUGAAAAAACUAAUCCCCAAAGCAAUUGAGCAUGGAUACACAGCUCUUCUAGUUGUAAACGACGAUAUGAAGAAGCUGAACACUCUUGUUGUCAGCCAUCUUCCUGACGGGCCCACAGCCACCUUUCAUGUCACCAAUGUUACUCCGCGUCGUAAACUCCGGGGUCUUAAAAAUCGAGGAAUCGAAGAGGGUGUUAUUCCCCACCUCAUUCUCAACCGUUUCAUGACCACUCUGGGUCGUCGCGUUGAACGUAUUCUUGGAGCUCUCUUCCCUUCAGCUUCAAGGGGAUCACCUCCGCCCCACUGUCGGACAGUGGUUUUUCACAAUCAACGCGAUUUUAUUUUCUUCCGUCAUUAUCGAUACAUCCAUCGGAAGAAUGGCGAUGCGACGACAGAUAGGAAGAACUAUGUGAUCGAUAAUGAGGGCGAUGAGGCUGAUGCUGGUUCUUCGGUGAGACCAUCGGAUCGGGUUGUAGUAAAUGAAGUGGGGCCAAGAUUCACGCUCAAGUUAAAGUCUAUUCAAGUUGGUACCUUCGACAGUCAAUUCGGCGACUAUGAGUGGGUCAAGAAGGGUGCUGUCAUUGGAAAAUCCAGACGAACUUUCGUCCUAUGA